AUGGCAACACCAAAGCAAGCCAAAGUAGCGAUAUGUGAGUUCUGCGGGCAUGGGUUCAGCCCCUACGGGAUCGGAUCGCACAAAAAAGCUUGCCAGAAGCGACGGGAAAAUGAAAGGGUAGAUCAACAAGUUGUUGAGAGGGAGCUGAGGGACAGAAAAGCCAAAGAAGAAGUGGAAUUGCUGGUGCUUGGUCGGCGCACGCUCGCAAAGGCCAUGACGGCGCCGACACAUCGUAAUCUUUUGCAACAAGAAACACGUGGGGAAUCACACCAGAACGUCAGCCUGCUGCCUGAUGAUAGGUGGGCAAGUUGGGAGACUCGUGCCACAUCACCUGAAUCACUGCCGCCGCCUGCAUCCAACGUGCUUGAUCAGGCCAGACCCGACUCAGCUCAUUGUAAUACACUCCUUGAUGAUGACAUCAAGACUGAGUAUCAUCCACACAGCGGCCGUGCCACAUGCAUUGAUCAUUUCAAUGAAUACGGAUUCCCAUCGGCUAAGGCUCCUAGACCACGACCGCCUGAUGAGCCAUGGCGUCCCUUCCGUUCACGCGUUGAUUUUGAGUUUGCGGAAAUCGCUCUAAAGUCUCAUUUAAAUAAGAAUACGGUCAAUACACUUAUCGCAAUGCUUCAGGCAUGUUCAUCUGGCACUGCAAAAUUCACCCUCAACAGUCAUGAUGAAAUGCGGGAGAUUUUGCAAGGCGCAUCAAGUAAAUUAACACCUUUCGAAGAGAAGAUGGUCAGCCAUUCUUACAAGGGGGUUGAGCAUAAUUAUCCCUUUUAUCAUCGCUCAUUGUGGGAUUGGGGAAUGGACCUUGUUAAAAAUCCCCUCCUUGCAUCUUCAUUUGAGUGGGAUGCUCAGCGGUUAUUCAAGUUCGAUGGAAAGACUUAUGUACGAUUCUUUCAUGAACCAUGGACAGGUGACAAGUUCUGGAAAGCACAAUCCUCACUUCCAGCCAGUGGAAAACCCCUCUGCUACAUCUUGUAUGCAGACAAAACAAAGCUUUCAUCAUUUGGUAGCCAGAUGGGUUACCCUGUUAUUGCAAAAAUAGCUAAUUUACCAAGUGAAAUCAGCAAUGGUCAGGGUCUUGGUGGUGGUAGUGUUGUUGGCUGGCUUCCGAUAGUUGAAGAUGAUGAGGGUGAAAAAGGAAAGAAGGGAUAUGUUGAUUUCAAGCGGGUUAUUUGGCAUGAAUCAUUUCACAUGCUUUUAGAAUCAAUUCGAGAAUAUUCGAAAGUUGGAUGCUGGGUUGAAUGUGGGGAUGAAGUUCAACGACAUCUCUUUCCAAUGGUUUUUAUUCUUUCUGCUGACUAUGAAGAGCAAUGUAUUAUGGCUUUGAUUCGAGGGUCGAAUGGAUUAUGCCCAUGCCCUAUUUGUUUGAUUCCAUUGGAGAAGCUGUCUGACUUAGAAACAGCAUAUCCAUUACGAACAGCUCAAGACUCAGAAGCUGCUUAUAAUGAAGCAAAGAGUUCUCAGAGACGUGGAGAUGCAGAGUCAUUGAUGAAAGAUCUUGGGCUACGGUUUGUCAAGAAUGCAUUUUGGAGCAUCGAAAAUUCAGAUCCCCAUACAGCUCUAUCCUGGGAUCGCAUGCACAGCUAUCCUGGAGGACUCGGUGGCAAACAUAUUCUCCCACAGAUCCAACUAAUUCUCAAAGAGACACGUGAAGCAGCAAAGCAGGCAGAUGAUCAAAUUGCAAACCUUCCCCGUUGGAGAAAUCUCAACCACUUUGACCAUGUUACAUCAGUCACCUUUUCAGAUGCAAGAAAAUAUGAAGACAUUCUCAAAAUGGUUAUUUUUGCAACGCACAACAUUAUCACCCAUUCUGAACAUCCUGGUGGAUAUCUUCUUUUGAAGGUACUCCGAAGCUAUAUUUCUCUUGAUAUGUAUGCUGCUCUGGAAGUUCACACCGCAGUAACCAUUGCUGCAGGUCGGAAAGAGCUCUUGCGUUUCUCCAAGGCUUUGAAGGCUUAUGAGCAGCAUAAUAACAAUGGGGACUCAGAGAAAAACUGGGAGUUUCCCAAGCGCCAUACACAUGCUCAUAUGUUUGAUGACAUUGUGGCCAAGGGUGUUACAAAGAAUUACAGUACAAAGCCAAGUGAACAGAUGCAUGGAGAAGCCAAAAAAGUAUAUGCACGUGUAACAAAUUUCAAGGAAGUUGAGGGCCAGAUCCUGCGGCACAAUCAUUGGACAGCUGUUGCAGAUUAUAUACGUGCUCAGCUUGACAACCUCGAUGAAUAUCAUCGCCAAAACGAUUCAGAACCCCAGGAUGAGGCUGAUGACCCAGGUGGCUUUAUCCACCUUGGAGCAAAACAAAAGCCAAUGACAAUGGCUCAAGUUGAAGAAGAUUCAGACUCUGCAUUCAUCAACUUUCGAAUCAAGUUUGCUAAAUUUAUCAACGAUUUCCUUGUUGCCCAUAAUCUUCCUCAUCCGCAAAACAAAGCCCUUACCAUUAAAAAAACCGAUUUGUUGACUGAAUAUCGAUAUCUCAAAAUCAAGUACGAGUCAAAAAUAACCUGGCAUUUAGUGGAGGAUUACCUUCGCUGCACACCCAACUUUGGAAAAGAUCAACAGCCAAGACAUGAUUGUGUUAUUGUGCACACACAAAACAAUCUAAUAUUUGCUUGUCUGGUUUUUGCGUUCUCUUUCCAAGUUGAAGAUCAACAACAUUUGUUUGCACUUAUCCAUGCAUAUGAUGCUCCGACUGGCAUGCUUCGGAGGAAAGACAAGGAUCUCGGCCUCAUUAGAGUUCGUGCAAGACCUCGAAAAGAUGUGGAAUUCAUUCCUGUUCAAUCAAUCAUCCGAGGAGCCUACAUUGUCCCAACAUUUGAGAGUGUUGACGAGCAUCACAUUGUUGACAUUGUUGAUGUGGACAUGUUUUUACGUUUACAGGAGAUGUACACAUAUUUACAGCCAUGA